AUGGAUUUAGAAGCAACUAGAACAAAGUUUAAGAAAACUGGAAAGAAGGUACUGCCUGCUAAAUCAUUUGAAGAAAUUGUGCGGGCUAAUAGGGAUGUUUUGAAGGAAUCGGUGUUUCUCUCAAAUUUAUUUCAAAUUUUACAACCACAUGUCAAUAACAUCAAGAAAAUACGAUGUCUUGCAAUUGGAAAUUUUAGGGAGGAUUUUCCUGCGACAUACCAAUUCACUCUUCUUCUAGAGAUUAUUGAUUACAUAAAAAGCGAGGACGACAGGGAUGUCCUUAUUUCCUUAUAUGACCCAAUAUUUACUAAAGAAGAGAUACAGUACUUGAAAAGUUUAGGAAGCAGGUGGUUAAUAGAGGAAGAAUUUUUAGAGAGCGAUGCAAGGGAUUAUGAAUCUGUAUUAUAUUUCCUUCCCCAUGCUCCUUUGGAUUUGACUGAGAAUAUACUAUCAUCACAGCGGCCACACUUAUGGCUAGCAAAUAAUAUGAUAUCACACACCGAUAGAUACACUAAAGCAAAACUUUGUGAAAAAUACCCUAAUUUAGGUAAGCUAGUUCAUUACUUGCAGCCUAACACUGCGCUAGAAGGUAAGAAACUCCAUGAUGUAGAUGAUUUUGAAACAUUCAUUCCGAAGAGGAAAAGAAAAAACAGAAACAACUCUUCCAAACUCAAGGUCAAACUGCCUGAGAUAGACUAUAAUUCAAUAGCAACGAAGUUCAAGUCCUGCCAAAUACUCACAGAUUUUGAUGAAGGAAAGUAUUUGAAGGAAAAACCCUGGAUCAAUUCCUUCUCUGAUUUGACGUUACAUGCUAUAGAGUAUUAG